CUUGUUUAGGUAAAAAUAAUCCAGAGACCGGCACAAUGAAGAUGAUCAUAUGCCUACUGGCCCUGGCGCUCGUGUGUUUGGAUGAAAACGGUGCUCACGGAGAUAUAAGCAACAAUUUGCCAUUAAUUAUGCAGUACGUUAAUAGAGGAACUCUGAGCUGCACAUCAGUACAAACUCAAGGAUCAUUCGCAACCUGCCCAACAGGUUACAGUCCGACUGGCUGCGCCUGCGGGUACGGCUGUGGAUCGUGGGACAUUCAGAAUGAGAUGACCUGCCAUUGUCAGUGCGCUAACAUGGACUGGACAACUGCCCGCUGCUGCAAGCUAAACUUCUACUAGAAUGGUGCCACCUGAAAACAUAAGUUGCCAAGAAAUUCAUUCUGUUUCCUUAUUUCUUGUUAUGAGUGAAAAUUCAAUCAUGUAAAUUCUGCAUCAUGAAAGAAA